AUGCGCGGCGAGGCGGGCGGCGCACGCGGCAAGGCGGGCGGGGCCCGCGCCAACGGCAGCGGCUACCCGCCGAUCAGCGCCGCCUAUUGGCUGCCGCCAUCCAACCCUACCCCCUAUCACGUGCCAGACGCUAUGACUGAGAUCCCAAUGCUGUUGCGCAGACCGCUCCUCUUGAGGUUCCCGCGCUGGCGCAUUAAG